AUGGCUUACCUCCAAACCGAUGAGUCUUCGACAGCUCAACGCUCGGGUGCACCAGCUGCUGACAAAGAGAUUGCAGCAGACCGGCAGGUUGUAGCAGACUGGCUGAAAUGGUUUGCCAACGAAACUGACUGGACGGCGAGAUUCACCGUAAUCCUUGAAACCGUUAUAUGCAUCGAAAGCAAACUUGCCGAAGAAAUAGCUCCCGAGAACCGAACCACCACAACAUGGGGGAUUUGUGAAGCUACACGGUGUGGAGAUGCUCCCUUAUGGGGUGAUCUGGUCCUUGAAAUUAGGCAUUGUCAUUGCUCAGGCUGCGCAUGCCUAGACCCCAUGUUCACUAAAAUAGUCAUGCUUGGCAACUCCAAAGAAGGCUGA